AUGUCGGAUGAUAUGCUUUACAGCGAACCCAAGAACGGCACAGAGACCUCCGAAGAGAAGGAGAAGCGAGAAGAUGCCAAGGAGUGGGCGAACAGGCUCAAGCUUGUCAAAGAGAAGAGGAAGAAGGAUCGGGAGGUAGCUCAGGAGCAGCAGCAAAAAGUUAAGGAAAAGAAGCUUGCUGGCGAUUUCGUCACGGGGCAGACGGUUGUGGCCACCCACGACAUCUCUGUACGUGGCAAGAUCGCCGUGAAGAAGGGUUGCGAGGGUGUCGUGCAAGGGCCUUCCCUGAAUCAUCCUCAAGAAAGGCUGAAUGUUCUCUUCAAGGAAAGGCGUGACAAGAAGAUGCAGCCUCAGUUGAUUGCCGACGUAGCAAUGUCGCCGUUAGACUACAUUCCUUAG